GCUGAUAAGUUGGCUCGGGAGCAUGGAAUCCGAUUUUUUGAGACAAGUGCUAAAUCCAGUAUGAAUGUAGAUGAGGCUUUCUGUUCCCUGGCAUGGGACAUCUUACUCAAGUCAGGAGGCCGGAGAUUGAAAAACAACAACAAACCCCCCAGCACUGACCUGAAAACUUGUGACAAGAAGAAUACCAACAAGUGCUCCUUGGGUUGA